AUGGCCAUGGCCGUUGGGGACCCCUCCUCUCCACUAUCUUCAACAAGCAUUUUGGUUGCACCACUUUCCACUUGGCCUUCUGCGCAGGCGGAAGGUGGACAGCUCUGCAGUAACGCCAGUCUGAACGCAACAGCCUGCGGUGCGGGGUUCGAAACUCGUGUACCCAGCACCCCCAUCUUUCUGCCCUGGCACAACCCAGACAACGUCAUCAGUUACGACUCGCUGCUGACCGUGCAGAAAUUACUGUGCUGCUACGUGAACAUAUUCUUCCUCCCCGUAGGCGUGCCGGUCAACAUCCUCAGCUGCGUUGUCUUCGUCCGGCAAGGCCUCCGCGACCGCAUGAACCUUUGCCUCUUCUGCCUGGCCUUCGUCGACCUACUCUUCGUCGUCCUGAUGUGCCUGCCCGGCCUGGUCUGCUUGGCCACCACCGGCUGCCGAAGGGGCAGCGCCACUUCCGAGAACAACGACGACGAUGGAAAGGAGGAGGAGGUAGAGCGGUGGUGGGUAGUGACCUUGACCCUGUACAUGAGCGGUCUGUACCGGUUGAUGAUCUUCGCUUCGGGAUGCUUGACAGCCUUCGUGGCCGUGGAUCGCUGCCUAGGCGUAUGCUGGCCCAUGCAGGCAGCAGCCUUCAUCAAGACUCGCACCGUGGCGUGGAUCAUCCUAUUCACUCUGGUGCUUCUGCAGCUGCUGUGCCUGCCGUACCCGCUGAAGAACCAGGUCAGCGCCGUGUGGGACGCAGGAUCGAACCGCACUUACUACGGGCUGACGGUCACGACCGCCUACGUCCACAACCGUGCCGCGUUUGACGUCUUCAUCAACGUCUUCGACAUGUGUCUCCUUCCCUUCACCACCUUCGCCGUUGUGGCCGUGGCCACCUCCCUGACGGUCGUACAGCUCAAGCGCGCCAUCGCCUGGCGGGAGCGGGGCGGCUCCACCCACGGCCCCCACAGCAGUCGGCAGGUGGCGCUGGUCAAGAUGCUGGUGGUUGUCUGCUGCAUCUACAUGGUGACUGCCACGCCCAACGUGGCCUUGGGAAUCACGCGGUGUCUGGUGAAGGACUUCGCCACUAACGGCCGGUACUACAACAUCUACCUACUCGCCAGCUCUUUGACCUUUGAACUGGCGAUGGUGAACAGUUCCGUCGGCUUCUUUGUCUACGUCUCGCAGUCGUCAAAGUUUCGAAGAGAGCUCCUGCUAUACGUCAGCUGCAAGAAAGCCGCCUAA